AUGGAACAGGACCUGGCCUUCCUGCUCCCCCUCCUCUUGGGGCUCCUCCAGCAAGGCCGUGGUGGGCGCCUGGAGGUGGAGCCUCCCGAGCCCGUGGUGGCAGUGGCCGUGGGCGAAUCGAGGCAGCUCACCUGCCGCCGGGCCUGUGCGGACGGCCGGGCCGCCGUGGUGCAGUGGCGGGGCCUGGACACCAGCCUGGGCGCCGUGCAGUCAGGCGCCGGCAGCAGCGUCCUCUCCGUGCACAACGCCUCACUGUCGUCCGCGGGGAUCCACACAUGUGUGGGCACCUGCGGGACCCACACUCUCCGGCACCACGUGCGGCUCCUGGUGUUCGCCUUCCCGGACCAGCUGACGGUCUCCCCAGAGGCCCUGGUGGCUGGGCAGGCCCAAGAGUUGGCCUGCACAGCCCACAACAUCACGCCUGCCAGCCCUGAUGUCCUCUCCUUGUCCCUACUCCUGGGGGACCAGGAACUGGAGGGGGUGCAGGACCUGGGCCAGGAGGAGGACGAGGAGCCCCAGGAGGGUGAGGACCAGUUGUUCCAAGUGACAAAGCGCUGGCAGCUUCCCCCCCUGGGGAAACCUGCUCCACUCACCCUCCACUGCCAGGCGACCAUGAGGCUGCCGGGCAUGGAGCCUCGGAGCCACCGCAAGCCCAUUUCAGUCCGGCCACAACCUCCCUGGAGGCCAUCCUGGAGCAGAACUCCACCCACAGCCCCGGGAGUCCUGACCUCCCCGAAGGCCCCGGUCACAACCUCCCUGGAGGCCACCCUGGAGCAGGCCUCCACCCACAGCCCCCAGAGUCCUGGCCCCGAGGCUGGGAACAGCUCCACCCGGCCCUGCCAACCUGAGAUCCACCAGUCGCCAAUACCAGGGGGCUCCCCACCAAUGUCCACAGCCCUGUGGAUGGGCAGCUUGGUGCUGGGGCUACUCCUCCUGGCGUUCCUCACCCGUCGCCUGUGGAGAUGCCGUCAGCCCACCAGGUGA